GUGCCUUCUCCACGGGAUGAGGCGCAUAAAUGGAGAACAGACAUAAAUCCAAGUAAAACAUUCAUACAAUAAAAAUAAAGAUAUGCAAUUAAAAAAAGAAGGCCAAAAACUGUCUCCGCUGGGAUGAGAGCCUCCAACAAACCAAAGAUGUCCAAAGAGAAGCCCGUCUUCAGGGCCUUCCCCCUUCGCCGACCCCAGAAGAGCUGAAAAAUCGGCUCGGCUCAGGCCUUCGGUUUCCAGGCCCAGAAAGAUCUAACCGGACGUCUAGGAAGCCGACGCUGCCGCGAUCCGUAGCUGUAACGAACCGGAAGGGGAGGAGUUCAACGGAAGUUGUUCACCGAGCCCGAAAUAGGAACGGACCGCCGGAAGCCGCAGGUGCUAGAGGCCCGAGCCGCUAGCGUUGUGCUCUCGGAGGCGGAGGGAGGAGCGUACAACAUGGCCGGGCUGGAACUGCUCUCCGAUCAGGGUUACCGGAUAGACGGUCGGCGCGCGGGGGAGCUGCGCAAGAUCCAAGCGCGUAUGGGUGUGUUUGCGCAGGCUGACGGCUCGGCUUACAUCGAGCAGGGCAAUACCAAGGCGUUGGCGGUAGUCUACGGACCUCACGAGAUCCGAGGCUCCCGGUCUCGAGCCUUGCCUGACCGGGCCCUAGUGAACUGUCAGUAUAGUUCAGCAACCUUCAGCACAGGUGAGCGCAAGCGAAGGCCCCAUGGGGACCGGAAGUCUUGUGAGAUGGGGCUGCAAUUACGCCAGACCUUCGAGGCAGCCAUCCUCACACAGCUGCACCCACGCUCUCAGAUUGACAUCUAUGUGCAGGUGUUGCAAGCAGAUGGUGGAACCUAUGCAGCAUGCGUGAAUGCAGCUACGCUAGCAGUGAUGGAUGCUGGGAUACCCAUGAGGGACUUUGUAUGUGCCUGUUCAGCUGGCUUUGUUGAUGGCACAGCCCUAGCGGACCUCAGCCACGUGGAGGAAGCAGCUGGAGGGCCCCAGCUAGCCCUGGCCCUGCUGCCAGCCUCGGGCCAGAUUGCACUGCUUGAGAUGGAUUCGAGGCUACAUGAAGACCACUUGGAACAAGUGCUGGAGGCUGCUGCCCAGGCAGCCCGAGACGUGCACACUCUGCUGGAUCGUGUAGUCCGGCAGCAUGUGCAGGAGGCCUCUAUCUUACUGGGGGACUGAGUGCCAACAACCCCAUCCAGAAUAAAAGCCUGUUUCUCUGCUGAACGCACCUUACUGUACAGCCCUUCAGAACAGCUCAGAGCCCCGCAGAGCAGAGUGUGAACUGCUGUCCCUAAGUGGAGAGAGCAUCUGUGCUAGGACGAGCAAGAGUGCCCAAGCCCUCACGCUAAGGGAUGUGUAUGUUCACACAGCCCAUCUGGGACCUGAGCACCAGGCUGAGGUGGAACGUGACUGGCCGUGGUUGCCCAUCAUAGAGACGGAAGGCUAGACUAAUGAAGCAGUUUUUGACAUGUCGGUUUCAACCCCUUUGGUGGUCAAAUAUCAGAUAUCUACAUUACAGAUCAUAAACCAGCAAAAUUAUGGUGAUGAAGUAGCAACGAAAUAAUUUUAUGGUUGAGGGUCAUCAUAACAUGAGGAACUGUAUUAAAGGGUUGAAGCAUUAGGAAGGCUGAGAACCACUGGCCUGAUGUCUCCUUUCCUCAGGAAUCUCCUUGGGCCUUUUCUGCCACUUACCUUGGACUCUGAAAGGUUAACAAGCCCUUUCUGCCUCUUUGGCAUCUGUCCUUAGCUGUGACCCUUACCUCUGCACCCUUCUAGAUAAACUGCCUUCAUUCACCCCU